UAAAACAUGCGUAUAUUUAAAAAAAAAAGAUAAAAAAGAAAAAAGUGGUGAUAUUAUAUUAGUAAUAAAUGAAAAUGAAAUUAAUUUGAUGAGCAAUGAAGAGAGCACAGGAGAAGAGAGGUUGGGUGGUUGUUUCUGAGAGUGUCUGUGGCUGUGGUUGGUGGUUUGGAAAGAAGGAAUGAGUGAGUCUGAGUCUGAGUCUGAGUCUGAGUGAGAUUAAAAGCAGCAGUAACCUCUUUAACGUUCACGGGUUUGGCUAUCGUUUCCAACCAAACCUUCUCUCUUAAAAUCUUUCAAACUUAACUAGGGUUUGGGAAUCACUCCACACUCUACAAAAACACCAAACAAAACGACUAUAUAUAUAUAUAUAUAUUAACACUUCAAUUAGGGUUUUGAUGUUCUUCAAAUGCAGAGUUUUGAUGACUUGUGAAUGGAGAUUUUCUCUCUUUUCUCCGAACCGUCCUACGUCGCCGUUGCCGUCACCGCUUUCUGUUUUCUCCUAGCGGUCUACUCUCUUCUCCGAUCGUUUUCCCUUCCUCGGAGAUUUACUCCGCCGAGGAAGCACCACUGCGAUUGCGCCUCGGAUUCAGCAUCCGUGGCUGCUGCAGGCGCCGUGCCCUACCUCAACGGCGCCGUUGAAAUGCUUGAGCCCAGUCCUGUUCCGGCGCCUGUGGUCUUGGGGGAGCGGUUGACGGGGUCGUCCAUGAUGGAGGAACUGGUUCCGGAGAUUACGACGCACGCGCUCAGUUACUUGGAUUAUCCCAGUCUCUGUCGUCUCUCCAUGACCAAUUCUUUGAUGCGAAAGGCCGCGAAUGAUGAUAAUGCUUGGAAGGCCUUAUAUCACAAGGACUUCACAUUGGAACAAGAUAGUAUCACACCCACUAAUGGGUGGAAGGCGUACUAUGCUGCAACAAGAGCAAUUGUGAAUAUUAAUACAGAAUUCUUCAAUAUUGUAAGAGAUAAGUCUCUUCCAGCAAUGAGUCGUUUUUGGCUGAAUGCGGAUUAUGUGAAGUGCAUUCAUGCCUCAGGAGAACUAUUUUCCGGGUUUAAUGCAGUAAUGCAGAGUUGGCAACUAGUAUUCAACUGGGAGCAAGGAUUGAAUUUUCAGGUUCGAGAUGUGCGCGCUCGCGUCUUGGCAGACAUGGCUUGGGUUACCAUGAGAACAUAUGUUGACAUGGAUACAGGGCCAUUCAAUGUGACCAAUGUUUUUGAGUUCCAUAAUGGACGGUGGUAUAUGGUUCAUCAUCACAGUUCUAUGAUGAAUGGGGAUGUGGACCAUCAGAUAGUGCAUGGAUAAUAGUGAGAGAUGAUACAUUUUAUGUCUGAUACUGGUUACAAAAGGUGGUUUUAUUUGCAGAAGCAAGAUGCUUGAAAUUUUCGUGAUUUCUUUGAAAGAUCCUUUUGUAGUUUCCAAUUUUAGUUUCAUUUUUAUACUGUAUAUAAGACAGGCAGUGGCAAUGGCGCCAGAAAAGAGUUAUAAGUACAGUAAAUGGAUUAAAGUAAACGCAAAAAAGAUGGGCAGGAAAAGUGGUUACCUGUGAAUGAUACGUUGGAUCAGGACGUUCAUACUUUGCAGGCAUCCAAUCUACUUGUGAAAAGCAAGGCUGAGCAGUCGUCGGGGGGAGCAAAUGCACAAGCAUUCUCUAUUUUUUUCGUGCAUCCUAGUUGUGCAUCAUUUUCCUGUGAGUUGAUUUUUGAAUCCUAUGCUAACAAAAUCAUGAUUUUAUUGUAAAGCAUGAUUACGAGAGAUUCAGAAUUGGCGUAGAAAGCAUAUAACACAAUUCGGAUGUCAAAA